AAGAAACAGGCGUCAGUACACGCCUCUGUCAUCGCGCCGGUGUGAAUCCGGAAGUUAGUUGCAUGAUUUUCCCACAUGGCGAAAAUGGCUGCGAAUGGGGAAAAACAACAGGGCCACAGAGCCGGCGCAUAUAAACAGAAAAAUAAAGGACACAAACAUGGCAAGCACCGGACGAAAGGUGAAAUUGAGAGAGAGAACAAAGGGAGAGUGUCAGUGAUGGCCCUUACCAAAAAACAGAGGAAGGAGCAAAAGAAGAUGGACCGAAGGAACAAGGCCAACCAGUUACGCAGGAAUAAGAAAGAGAUGGUCCUGACGGAGAAGCGGCGUCUAGGCAGCAGAGACGGUCCUCCCCAUUUGGUUGCUGUGGUGUCCCUGCAUGCUGGAGCUGACACUGGUGCUGUUACCAAACUGCUCCGUGGAGAGGGUGCAGGGGGUGUCGUACGUCAGGAGCAGUGCAUUAGCGGCGUCACUGACAGCUUUGGGUUAAUUUUGCCACGUUUUAAACAAAGGUUCACCUUUCUACAACAGAGCACAGCUGACAUGCACUCCCUGCUGGAUGUGGCAAAGAUUGCAGAUAGCCUUGUAUUUGUACUGGACUCUAGUGAAGGUUGGGACAGCUAUGGCAACCACUGCCUCUCCUGUCUCUUUGCUCAGGGCCUCCCCAGCUACACCUUGGUGUGUCAGGGUGUGUCUGAUCUUCCUGUGAAGAAGAGGGUCGAGUCCAGGAGAGCUCUGUCAAAGAUCACCGAGCUUCGUUUUCCUGAUGCCCGUCUCUUCCCUCUGGAUACAGCACAGGAUGCCAUUCUACUUCUCAGACACCUUGGCACUCAGAGACAGAGAAAGCUUGGGUUCCGCUCCAGACGGUCCCAUCUUUUGGCUCAGCAUGCCACGUUUACACCCAACUGCCCUGCUGAGGGGACAGGUGCUGGACCCACAGGCUUAGGUACCCUCUGUGUGUCUGGGUACGUCCGUGGCCGUCCUCUGCGGGUUGACAGACUGGUGCACAUCAGUGGACAUGGAGACUUUCAGCUCAGUCAGAUUGAUGCUCCAUCAGACCCGCUUCCCCUCAACUUAACAGCCCCCAGAGCAGCAAAGCCUGGCAUUGGUGGAGAUGUUGACAUGCCGGAUGGAGGCGAAGAUGAGGCUGCAGUGCGGGUGCUCAUGAAAGCCGACCCAUCCUGCAGGGAGAGUCUGCUGGCAGAGGCUGAGGUGGAUCCCAUGGAAGGAGAGCAGACAUGGCCAACAGAAACAGAGCUGCUGGAAGCUGAAGAGGCCAGGAAGAGCAAACGUGUAAUGAAGGUCCCUAAAGGAACAUCAGAUUACCAAGCAAUGUGGAUCGUGGAUGAAGAUGAGGAGGAGAAUGGAGAGAUAGAUGAGGAAAGCAGCGAUGAUGAUGAUGAUGAUGACGACAUGAUGGACGAGGCCAUGGAUGCAGAGGAGGAGGAGAGCUCUCAGGAUGCUGGUUCGUGCUGUGCUUCAGAAGCUGAAGAAGAAGAGGAGGAAGAGGAGGAGGUGGUGUGUUCCACUGAGCGAGCUGGGGCGGAUCAGCGCUAUGAUGAGCACUUGGAUGAGGCUGCAGAGGAAGAAGGCCUGAAACGCUACCGUGAGGCUCGAGCCAAUGAAAUGUUUCCAGAUGAGGUGGACACACCUCUCAACACACCAGCUAGGAUCAGGUUCCAGCGCUACAGGGGCCUAAAAAGUUUCCGCUCCUCACCCUGGGACCCCAUGGAGAACUUGCCUCUCAACUACUCGCGCAUCUUCCAGUUCCAGAGCUUUGAACGCACUCGCCACCGCAUACUGGCUGAGGCUGCAGCUGAGGACGAUGGAGCCAUGGUAGGCUGGUAUGUUACACUGCACAUCAUUGAUGUGCCUUUUUCUGUGAUGGAGUGUGUCCAGUCAGGCAAACCCUUGGUGUUGGUGUCCCUCUUGCCUCAUGAACAGAAGAUGUCGGUCAUGCACCUCUUAGUGAGGAGACACCCCAGCAACACAGAGCCCAUCAAAUCUAAAGAAGAGCUGGUGUUCCACUGUGGAUUUCGGAGGUUCAGGGCCUCUCCUAUCUUCUCUCAGCACACCUCAGCUGACAAGCAUAAGAUGGAGCUCUUCCUCAGGCCAGAUGCCCCCACUGUGGUGUCAGUGUACGCUCCCAUCACCUUCUGCCCUGCAGGAGCCCUGCUCUUCAAACAAAGGAAUGAUGGCAUCCAGGACCUGGUGGCCACAGGCAGCCUACUCAGCUGUGACCCUCAGCGGGUUGUGCUGAAGAGGAUUGUCCUUAGCGGACACCCGUUUAAAAUUAACCGGCGCUCUGCAGUUGUCCGUUACAUGUUCUUUAACAGGGAGGAUAUAAUGUGGUUCAAGCCGGUGGAGCUGCGAACAAAGUGGGGUCGGAGGGGCCACAUCAAAGAGGCCUUGGGAACACAUGGUCACAUGAAGUGUGUAUUUGAUAAUCAGCUGCGCUCUCAAGACACUGUUCUGAUGAAUUUGUACAAGAGAGUGUAUCCUCGCUGGACAUAUGACCCCUUUGUGCCCUUGCCUUUACCAUGGGUCAAGAGAGAGGGCACUGUGGAGAUGGACAACUUGGACGUGGAAUAGUAGAGGGACAGCAAUGCAACAUAGUGUAAGAAAGACACAGGACUUGUAUUAACAUAAAUACUUUACAUGAGUGUGGUCACAUCCCACUUUCAAAAAAAUGUAAUGUAUUAAAUAAAACUAUUUUGAUCCCGA